UGUAAAAUCAACAACAGUAGUAGCCCUGAGAUCAAAUUUUGUAUGGGAUUUUUUUAUAACUGAAUCUGAUACAGAAUUAGAUGUUAUUUAUGCAAUUUGUCAAGUAAAAGAUUGCACACGCAAAUAUGUUCAUCAUGGUUCUACAUCAGAUUAUAGAAAACAUCUUCGUGACAGUCAUGACAUUACUGAAGCUUCAAUUGCUAGUAAAACUUCUGAACAAAUUAAUGCUUUAAAACAACCAUCAAAACAAUUAUCUAUUACUGAAAUAUUUAAAAAACCUCUUAAUCCUAAACAACAGAAAUUAUUAAAUCAAGAAAUAUUUUUACUCUCUUCAAUUGAAUGGCAAAUUAUUCAGGGAUUGACAAAUUUGUUAGCUCCUGCUGAACAAGCAACAAAAUUAUUAGGAAGUGAAAAUUAUAUAACUUUAGCUAUUACUAUAUCAAUAAUUGAAGAA